UGUCUUAGUUCAGACACACUCUCUCUCUCGUUAGCUUUGUAAUGUUUUGAUUCUCUCUCUAACAACAUUUAUGUCAAUCUCUCUCUACGCGAUCUCUACAGAAACUUUCAAUUCUAAACCAAAAUUACAACCAAACACAUUUCUAGGGUUUUCAUUUUUACUCUCUCACUCACUUAAUCAUAAGCUUCACCAUUCAACUCGCUCUGAUUUGACUCAGUCUGUCCAUUUUCUUCUUCUUAAUUAACUCUAGCUUCAACUUCAAGCUUGUCAAGUUUGUCUUUGCAGGUUUUAUUUACUGAAUCGGCUGUUGAAUGGUCCGGCUUUGAAUUCGUAGGUCAUUUUUCAUUGCGGGAAUGAUUGAGGAACUUAUACAACUGGUUUCGAGUUGUAUGUAAGUUGUCCAUGUGGCUCGGAAUUUCAUAAAGUGAUGCUUUUUUUGCGUUUUUGAUAAUGAGGAAGAAAAUAUUUUAAGAGAAUUGUGUGUAGCUACUGUAAGUCUAAAUCUCAGAAGAUAUGCCUUCAUGGUGGGGUAAAUCAUCAUCCAAAGAAGUUAAGAAGAAAGCAAGCAAGGAAAGUUUCAUUGACACUUUGCACCGUAGAUUUAAGAGUCCAACUGAAAGUAAAAUCAUUGGAAGGUCUGGAGGUUCACGAAGACGCUGUAGUGACACAGUUUCAGAGAUAGGAUCUCAAUCUCGAGCACAAUCAAGAUCGCCCUCCCCUUCUAGAAAUCAUGUUUCAAGAUGUCAAAGUUUUGCUGAGAGGCCCCAUGCUCAACCGCUUCCUCUUCCUGGUGUGAACCUUGCAAUCGUGGGACGAACAGACUCCGGAAUUGGAAUGUCAACAAAAUCUAAAUUGGAGAAAGGCUCAAAGUCAUUGUUUCCGCAUCUGCCAAAACCAGGAUGCAUUCGUAGUAGGGCAAAUCCAGCAGAUUUGGAUGGAGAUUUGGCCACUGCUUCAGUUUCUAGCGAGAGCUCCAUUGAUAGUGAUGAUGCUGUUGACUCGAGCCAUCGUAGUCCGUUGGCAACUGACUGUGAUCAUAGUAUUAGAACUACUAGUAACACUACUUCCAGUGCAAUGGUCAAGGAUCGCUUAUCUACUGCCACCCAAAUAAAUUUAAGAGAGGCAGAAAAACCAUCAAACAUUUCUUUUGGUAAUCACAUAUCUACAACAUCACCCAAACGGAGGCCUCUAGGUGGCUACGUGCCAAAUCUACAAGUUCCACAUCAUGGUGCUUUCUGCAGUGCCCCAGACAGUUCUAUGUCAAGUCCUUCUAGGAGUCCAAUGAGGGCAUUUGUCAAUGAACAGGUAAUAAAUUCUGCUUUCUGGGCAGGGAAGCCUUACACAGAUGGCUGUUUACUAGGAUCUGGCCAUUGCUCUAGUCCAGGUUCAGGUUAUAAUUCUGGGCAUAAUUCAAUGGGAGGCGAUAUGUCAGGACAAUUAUUCUGGCAACAGAGUAGGGGUAGUCCUGAAUGUUCCCCAAUACCUAGUCCGAGAAUGACUAGCCCUGGCCCCAGCUCAAGGAUUCAAAGUGGUGCGGUCACACCAAUUCAUCCUCGUGCAGGAGGGACAACCAUUGAGUCACAGACAUAUUGGCAUGAUGAUGGGAAACAACAAAGCCACCGAUUACCACUUCCUCCUGUAUCAGUUUCAAAUUCCUCUCUUUUUUCUCCCUCAAAUUCAGCAGCAGCAUCUCCCUCAGUGCCACGAAGUCCUGGAAGGGCAGAGAAUCCGGUAAGCCCUGGAUCACGGUGGAAAAAAGGAAAGCUGUUGGGUAGAGGCACAUUUGGACAUGUUUAUGUUGGUUUUAACAGUGAAAGUGGAGAAAUGUGCGCAAUGAAGGAAGUUACAUUGUUUUCAGACGAUGCUAAAUCAAAGGAAAGUGCUAAGCAGUUAAUGCAGGAAAUCUCUCUAUUGAGUCGGUUACGGCAUCCGAACAUUGUGCAAUACUAUGGGUCUGAGUCGGUUGGUGAUAGACUUUAUAUUUACCUGGAGUAUGUAUCUGGCGGGUCCAUAUACAAGCUUCUCCAAGAGUAUGGACAGUUGGGCGAACUAGCAAUUCGUAGCUAUACUCAGCAAAUCUUGUCUGGACUUUCAUUUUUGCAUUCUAAAAGCACCAUCCACAGAGAUAUUAAAGGAGCAAACAUACUUGUGGAUCCAAAUGGUCGUGUUAAAUUGGCAGAUUUUGGGAUGGCUAAGCAUAUUACUGGACAAUCAUGUCCACUAUCAUUCAAAGGAAGCCCUUACUGGAUGGCUCCUGAGGUUAUAAAAAACUCAAAUGGCUGCAACCUUGCUGUGGACAUAUGGAGUCUUGGAUGUACAGUUUUGGAAAUGGCCACCACCAAACCUCCCUGGAGCCAGUUUGAAGGGGUUGCUGCAAUGUUUAAGAUUGGAAAUAGUAAGGAUCUCCCAGCAAUUCCAGAUCACCUCUCUGAGGAGGGAAAGGAUUUCGUGAGAAAAUGUUUGCAACGUGAUCCACUACAUCGCCCCACUGCUGCCCAGCUUUUAGAACAUCCAUUUGUAAAAUCUGCUGCACCUUUGGAAAGACCUAUUCCAGGGAUCGAACCUACAGAACAAUCCCCCGCAGUUAUGGAUGGCGUGAAGGCUCUGGGCAUUAGAAAUACAUCCUCAGAGUCAGAAAGGCUUGCAAUUCAUUCAUCUCGAGUUUUGAGAAGUUCCCAUGCCAGUGAUAUUCUUAUUCCAAGGAAUAUAUCAUGUCCUGUCUCACCAAUUGGAAGCCCUUUACUACAUUCAAGGUCACCGCAGAUAAUGUCUCCUUCACCUAUAUCUAGCCCACGAACCAUGUCAGGUUCAUCUACUCCUCUUACAGGCGGCAGUGGUGCUAUUCCAUUUAAUCACCUGAAGCAGUCUGUUUAUUUACAAGAGGGUUUUGGCAUCCAAAAGCACUCAAGUGGUAGCCACAUCAAUGGCUUCUCUUAUCAUGAUUGCAAUCCAGACCUUUUCCGAGGAAUGCAGCCAGGGUCUCACAUGUUCUCUGAACUCAUAUCCUGUGAAAAUGAUGUCAUUGGAAAGCAACUUGGAAGGCCUGCUCACGGGGAACUUUAUGACGGACAAUCUAUCCUGGCUGAUCGUGUGUCCCGACAGCUGUUAAAGGAUCAUGUGAAGAUGAACCCAUCCCUUGAUCUAAGUCCCCGCUCUUCUAUGCCCAACCGAACCGGUGGUGUCUAACUUUAAGCAUUUUUGUGGACACGCCUGUCAGAGCAAGCUUUCUAAAUUGCUGGAUCGGUAUUCACCCAAUUCAACUGCCGAGGAAGCUAGUUUUCGCAGUAAGUGUUAGGAAACAAACCGCGGGGUAAGCUUAAAGCCGAUAGAAAGAUCUGGUUUUCGGAGAAAUUUUCUGCCUGGAGCUUGGUUACAGUGGCUCAGCAUAUAAGCUUUAUGCAGUCAUGUGGAUAUUCAGUUUGCACAAUGAAGGGGACUCCCUAGCAAAAAAGAAACUAGCUGUUGUGGUAUGUCUCAGCAUCUAUGUGCAUGCAGUCAGGUGCAUAAAUCAUUGAAAAAAUGGCUGACUUAAUCAAGACAAAGUAGGUGUAUUGUCCCUAGGGAGAUUGGCGGUUCCUUGAGUAUGGAAAAUAUUCAUAGCAGUGAGAAGUGUACAUUCUUUUAGAGCACGGUAUAGAAGAGAAACAAGAACUGACUACAUCUUAUUUACAUCAUUUUGAUUGCUCUGUCGGAUCUGAGAUCGCAUAUGCAGAACUGAAUUGAGGUUAGAAUCUAGAACUCUAUUUAUGAAGAAAACUUGAAUUAGUUGAGCCUGUGCAUUGUUCCCUGUGAUGGUAAUGCCAGCUCAGAUUAACUGCUCUUGUAUACUGUUGGAGCUGAUUUGUUUGAUGUACAUCACCUCUUGAGUAAAUUGAAAAUAGAAAUCUAAUUACACCAUUCUGUAA